AUGUCGCAAAGCUAUCACCGUCCAAGACCAGCUGGCAUGGCUGGAGCCAUUUUGGAUAAGCAGGCCAACAAGUUUAACGAUGUCGAGGCUGGAUACUUGUUGGAGUGGAUUAAGACCUUCCAAUCGGUCGACCUUUUCGAUGGCCGCGACCUCUUCUCCGUUACCGUAACCCUUCAAAGUUUGGCCAGAAAGAUUGAGGCUGAAAGAGCUCGUCACGACAGCGCCGUUUCAGUUCAGAAGAGAAAGGAAGGAUUCACGAGAUAUGUGCUGCUAAUGAAGUUUUGUCAAAGUGUCCACCUCUGCGUUGCCCACUACAACUUCUUGUCCAAAAAGCGUGCAAUCAUUGGUUUAACGAGGAACCAAUCAAGAGAAGACAUGCGAAGAAUCGGCAAACAGCGCACCAGUGGACCCAAUGAUGCUUAA